ACAACCAACACGGACACCAUCCUACGACCAUGGAAAAGGUCCACUUUCAACUAGAAUCCACCCUCCCGGAACUCCGGGACUUAGAAGAAAAGGGCCUCUUUACCCGCGCAGAACUCCGUCAGAUCACCCUCAGGCGGACGAAACACGAGAGCGACCUCGUCAAACGGGCUGGGAAACCGGAGGAUUACUUGAAGUAUGCCGAGUAUGAGAUCGGGUUGGAGAGGUUGAGGAGGAUCAGGUGGAAGCGAUUGAAGAUGGACAAAUCCCACCAACCCCGAUCCAUCUCCUCCCACUCGAUCCCCCGUCGAAUCCUCUACAUCCUCCGUCGCGCGACGGAAAAGUUCCCUAGGGACCUGAGGACGUGGUUGGCCUACGUCGAUUACGCCAAGAGCGAGGGCAUGGGCAAGGUCGUCGUCAACGCGUUGACAGCGGCUUUACAAUUACACCCCCUAGAACCGAUCUUGUACAUCCUCUUAUCGCAGCACUACCUCGACCCAAUCCCACCAUCCCACAAACGGGCCAACCACCACCAACAAUCCACAUCAUCCUCUUCCUCAUCCUCGAAAUUCUCCAUAGAAAACAUCCCCCCGGCGAGAAAGACCCUCUUACUCGGACUCCGUUUCUUGCCCUCUCACCCGGACUUGUGGGUCGAAUACAUCAAGCUCGAAGUAGGAUGGGUAGAAGCGCUGAGGAGGAGGUGGAAGGUCCUAGGGAUCUUGAACGAGGUCCUCGUCAAGACCGAACGGGAAGAACAGGGUGGGGCCGAAGUUGGGGUCGGGGAGGUGGAAGGUGCCGAUGGGUUCAGGUUGGACCCGUUAAAAGAAGAGGAGGAUGAUGAUAUCGACGAGGUGGGGCAGGACGAAGGCAAAGGCGCCUUUGGGGAGACGGGAGAGUCGGCUAGGAAACGCCUGAUCGACGGUCAAUUGAUCUUGACCGUACUCCGUAAUUCCUUCACCCGCCCGGGAUUGCAAGACGACCUCGAUUACCGGCUGAGGCUGGUCCGGCUCUUCCGAACGUAUCCUACCGGACUCAGGAUCAAGCUCUUGAGGUGCAUUUACGAGAACAUGAACCAGGGCGCCUUGGCAUGGGAUGUGACGGCGAGGAGGGUCGUACUCGAAUCCCGGCUUUUCGAUCGGGCUUACGAUCCCGAGUCGAGGGAGGAAGAGGGACAGGUUCUGAGUGAUCCGGUGAAGGGGGAGUCUGAACGGGUCGUCCUCGUGCCAGGGGAAGAACGGGUCAGGGUGGUCGGUGAGAUCGUCAAGAAGAUCAAGGCGGAGCAGGAUGUCGAGCGGGUCGUACGGCAGGAAAAGGGAGAGGAAGCGUGGAUGUCGUGGAGACGGGAGUGGGAAGAGGUCGCUGGGGAGUGGAUCUUGAGAUGGGCAGACAGGAUGACGGAUGAUGAGGAAGAUCUGCGUAAAUACCUGUUGGCAUCGUUGACGAGCCUGACGAGACAGUCGGCCUCGGACAAGAUCGUCCCGACGACCAGACUCUUGGCGGCUCAUCUCGACUACCUCUUGUCGUUGCCUUCCGAGAAGGCACCGUCUUCGAAUCGGUUGCGAGCGAUCGCCAAGGAUUAUACGCGGUUACGAGCCGCAUCAUCGAGGUUGUGGAGCUCGAGACUGGACAUCGAGCGACGUAUAGCAGAGUCCAGCGGUAAUGACGAGGAUCGAAGGGAAGCAGAGGCCGAGGUCGGGAGGCUGUACCUCUCCGCUAUGGAUUCUAUCGGGUAUAACGAGGGCGCCACGGACGUUUGGGUACAAGGGUUGAACUGGUUCGACCGCUUCGUUCCCGCUUCCGGGGACGAGGUCAUGGCAGGGCACUGGACGACGGGGAUCAAGGCUGCCAAACGAUUCGAGGCGGAUGGAGACGAUGGUCGGGCGCUCUACUCGGGCGUGCUCGUAGGCUGGGUCGAGAGCGUUCUGAUCGGAUCGGGCGAGGUGGAAGUUGGGAUUCAGCGGGUUCGGGACGUCGUUGGGACGUUGCUGAAACCCGAAUGGCAAGCACCCUCGACCGCCUUGUCCGCUACGUUCCACCUCGUCGCCGGUCUGAACCACCUGCAAGACGCUCAGCUCGCUCCCUCGCUGCAGUCGAUAUACGAAGCUUGGCAUCGACGAGCGCGACACAACCCGGCUCAAAAGGUCGCCGGAUGCUUGUCCUAUGUCUCGUGGCUGCUGUCGCACACCAAGGGACAGGCGAAAAAGGCUUGGGACCUGGUGGAAAGCGUCAAGUGCGAGGUCGAGACGGGUGAAGCUGGUGGGCUCGAGGGUAAAGGUGGACUGCUCAGGCGAGAUCAAAAGACGAUAGAAAGGGAGCGAAGGGAGAUGGUCGUCUCGCUAGAGGAGGGAUGGAGGGAUAUCCUCCGGGCUGCCGAGAGGAGGCGGAAUCAGGAUGGAGAGUCUGACGAUGAUAGCGAGAGCGGGGAGGAUGCCUCGGACAGCGGGGAAGAUGAUGACGAGGAUGUCGACAUGGAUUAGACGAAUAGAAUCGCUUCAACGAUUUAUGAUAUAAUUGCGUAGAAUGUGUAGGACGUCAGGAAGGUUUUCAUCUCCGGCUAGAUAUUACUCCUCAUUUAACGACCGUUAUAUGUUAGACAGCCGGUUCCUUUA